AUGUUUCCUUGUAUAGGUGAGAAGAAACUCGGUACGGUGAUCACUCCGGAUACGUGGAAAGAUGGUGCAAGAAACACUACAGAAAGUGGUGGCCGCAAGUUAAAUGAAAACAAGGCAUUGACCUCAAAGAAGGCCAGGUUUGAUCCUUAUGGAAAGAACAAAUUUGCAAUAUGUCGGAUUUGUAAGAGUUCUGUCCAUCAGCCAGGGUCUCACUAUUGUCAAGGAUGUGCGUAUAAAAAAGGCAUCUGCUCAAUGUGUGGCAAGAAGGUCUUGGAUACGAAGAAUUACAAGCAAACUUCUGUCUAAUUGUAUUGACUAGGUUUUUUAAUGAACUUUGACUUCUGUGUCUUUGUACAGUUAACUUUUCUCUAAAAUCAUUUGUGAAUAUUACUUUCUGGAAGAUAAUACAUUUACCUGGAAUGCGAUGAGAGGUAAAGAUAGCCUGAUUGUUUGCCUAGAAAUGUGCAUAAUAUUUGAUUUUUGUUCUUUUAGCACUAAUGUUAACUGAUAUUUAAAGGUAAUGGUUUGCAGCAGCUGAUACAGUUCAAAGUGCAUGAGAGGAUCCUAGUGGAUAGGUUGAAACUAUGUUACCAUCGUAACACAGGUCCUGGAGAUUAACACUGUUAUUCUUUUGCAGUAUCUUGAGUCUUCUGCUUGUCUGAUAGUAAUAUUUUAUAGAUGUAUAAAAUAUGAGCUUGUAUCACCUCA